UACUCAAGUAGUACUUUACUGGGUUACUUUCACUUUUACUUCAGUCAUUUUAUAUUAAGGUAUCUUGACAAUUGUCACUAUCUCCACCACUGGAUUUAAAUACAUAUUUAUAAAUUGUGUUAUUUCACCCAACACUCUUCCUUCAUUGCAGCACAUUGUCCAGUUAGAGCAAAGUAUAGCCAAACUGACAGCGUCUGAAAUCCAAUACAAAGAGCAGCUGGCAGACGAGAUCAACACAUUUGAGGAACUUGUUCUUCAGAAGUAAGAUUUGCAUUCAUCCAGGUACUGUAUGUUGCGUAAGCAUGGAGCAUACAUGGAAUGCAAGGGAUACUGUAUGUUACAACAUGUCUGCUUCCAUCAUUCCAGAUUUUUCGACUCAUUAACCAUUGUUUCCACAGGGAAUUUCAUGUAAAGGAGUUGGCUGAAGUGAGAAUUGUAUUUGAACUGAAAGUUCAGGCACUACAGGAAAAGAUUGUAGAGGUGGAUGGUGAGAUGGAGGAGGGCCAGAUAGUGAAUGCCAUCCGCCUGGAGUCUAUUGCUAAGAUGUCUGACAGAUUUAAAGCUCAAAGGAAAGAGGAGGACGACGUCAUGGCUGAACACCUCAAUGUCUCAAGACGCUUAGAAAAGUCCAGACUUAGACUUGAGGAGCGCAUUGCAUCGAUUGCUAAACAUAAAAUUGAGAUCAGAGAAAUGGAUGAAGAGAUCAAACAACUCCAUGAAACCAAUAUAGUUAAUGCAGACCUGUUUGAAAGAAAUGUGGAGGAACUGCAUGGACAGCUCAAUAAAGAAAAGAACAACAUAGCGAUCUUUGAAGUUGAAAAAGAAGUACUGUGCCAGUCUCUGGAGAAUCUGAAAAAAGAUCAAGUACAGCAUGUGAAAGAGGUCAACUCUAAUAUUGGUUUAACCAGGAGGAGAUAUGAGGAACUGCUUGAAGAGGAGAAGAAACUCAGAGAGCAUGUAUUCAUGGGCGCGUUGAUUGAACGUCUCAGUAACAAGAUUGUUAAGGCAGAGGAGGGGUAUGAACAGAUGACCAUUUCCUACAAUGCCGAGAUCCAACAGUUCAUCACUGAAGCGGAGUCAGUGAUACAGAGCCGACUGGAGAAGGAGGAGGACCUGAAGGGUAAAGAGUCUAUCUUGGAGGAUGCGGAGGCCCAGUUUGACAUUGACCAGUCCAGGCACCAAAAACUAAAAAACCAUACCUCAGAGUUAAAGAGUAAGAACAAUCAUCUGGAGCUCUUCAUCCAGGAUAUGAAAGAGAGGACUAGUACUCUUCUCAAACCAAAGGAGGACAUGAAGAGGAGUCUAGAGGGUUUGCGUGAGAAACACAUGGAGCUGCUGACGUCUCACACUGCAAACAUCAUCGCCACGGAGAAGAGCAUCUAUGACAACGGGAUGAUGCUGGAGCAGGUCAAUAUGGAGAACAGUAGACUGCAUGUGUGUAUUGAACAAAUGAAGGAGGACAUAUGGAACACCAGGAAAGACCAGGAAAGACACACAAAGGAGAUUGGGUGGCUGAAAGAGGAGGUUCAUUCUCUAUUUGAGAGCCUGCUUGAUGCUUGGGCAGAGGACACUGUGGUGACUGAGGAAUCUUCAGAGAGAGACCACAAGAUUCUGGAGGCUAUCUACAGACUCAUGACCAAGAUCCACGACAGGAAGUUCCAACUGGGGGAUAUCAACAGUAGACUAGAGGAGGAACUGAAGGGCAUGAGUUCCCUGUUAGCCAGUAAUAAAUCAAACAUUGCACUUAAAGAACAGGGCAACUAAAGUGAGAUAUCAAGAAGGAUUACAUCAACACAAUUGUUUUGUUAUAAAAAAACUCAGCACAAGUGAAAGUCAUAUGAGAUGAAAGUAGAUGAGUACACACUUCUGAUUUUAUUUCAGAAAAAUCAUACUUUAUAA